AUGGCGGCUGCAGAUGUCGACGUCGGCUACGUCGCAGGUCACCUCGGCCUCGACCAGCCUGUCCUUGCGGCCCUGACGACGGAGCCCACCGUCGACCUCGUCGCCACGCUCCUGCAGGCCGUCGCCGCAAAGGCCCACGAGUUCGACGUCCUCUACGCCGACAAGCUGCAAACCGACAUCGAGCUCGAGAAUGCCGUCCGCAGCGCCGAGUCCCGCGCCCAGACCUCAAAGGCCACGGCUGAAAACGCGCUCAAAGAGGCGCAGCAAGCUCGGCAAAGCUCAAAGGAACAUGAAAUGAAGAGCCAGUCCCUCGAAAACGAGCUGCAGGUUCUCAAGGCAAAGAGCUCCGACCACGAGGCAGAGGUCAAGACCCUUAACGAUAAGAUCGAGACCCUGCAGUCAUCCAACCGCACAAACCUCAGCAUCAUCGAAUCAAACACAAAACGCGACCAGACCGUCGCCGACGAGCUAGCCAAGCAGCACCAGCGAAACGUCGAGCUUACCCGCCAGGCCUCCGCCCUGCAGCAGUCCGAGCAAAACGCAAAGGGCCAGCUCAACAGCGCCAAGUAUCGCGAGGACUCGCUCAAGCAACAGCUUGACCUCGCCCGCCGCAAUGCCGAGUGGCUCGAAGGCGAGCUCAAGACGAAGAGCGACGAGGCCCUCAAGUACAGGAAGGAAAAGGGUGCUCGCGUCGCCCAGCUGCAGAGAGAAUGCGAGGACGCAAAGUCCCAGAUCGACGCCCUCAAGCGGACCGAGCAACAGCUUCGCGAACGCCUCGAGUCCAUGCAGGCCAAAGCCGACGAGGCUCUCGUCAAGCUCCAGAAGCAGGAAAUCGCCUUUGCCACGACCGUCGACAGCUACAAGCAGGAACUCGACGACCAGCGCAGGCUCGUCGACAUGUCUGACCAGCUGAGCAAGAAGCACCAAGAGCGCGUGCGGGAGCUCGAGGCGGAAAAGGAACGUCAAAGGGACAACUACGAAAACGAGAUUCGCCGGGUUCGCCUCGAGCUGGAACAGGAGAGACAAACGACGUCUCAAAUGGAGGCCAAGAUCCAGCAGCUCGAAGGCCAGCUCGACGAGCUGCACGCCCGCAUGGACCAAGCAGUCCAGCCCAGCUCGGUGCCUCAGACGCCCCGCGCCAACGGCUCCGUCAUGGGCCGUCCUGCCUCGCCCUUUGGCCCCUUCGGCACCCCGGGCUCUGUCCGAAGUAAGUCGGCCGUCACCGCCACGCAAGCCAUUGAGCAGCUGUUCCACGUCAAGGGACAGCUCGCCAGCGAAAAGAGGCGAAAUCAGCAGCUCUCGGAGGAGCUCGACGGCAUGAUCUCCGCCCUCGAGGCCAAGGCGCCCGAGAUCCAAGAGCUUCAGGCGGAAACCGAUACUCUCCGCGACGAGAUUGCCCGCAUGUCGGAGCUGUCCCAGCAGAGCUUCGAGGAGCGCGAUAUGGCGAGAAAGGCGGCGCGCAAGGCCGAGGGUGCUUUGGGGUCGGCCCAGUCCGAAACAAAGAUCCUCAAGACGCAACUCCGCGACCUGGGCACGCAAAUACAGAUGCUCGUCUUUAGCAUCUACGCCCUCGAAAAGGGCGUCGACCAGCUGACCGAGGAAGAAAAAUUCCGUCUCCAGCAGCUGGAACAGGGAGAGAUCACCGAGGAGGCCCUGUCCGACUUGUCCGACACCCACCAGUUCAUCACCCAGAAGCUUGUUGUCUUCAAGGACAUCAAGUCCUUGCAGGCCAAGAACCAGGAGUUGAUGCGCAUCACCCGCGAGCUGGCCGAGCAGCUCGAGAGCGAGGAAGCCCUCGCCGCCAAGCAUCAGGCCAAGGUGGAUCACGACAAGGUGGAGAAGCUCCAGCAGGAGCUGGAUCACAUGGUCGAGGAGAGCAGGUCCAUCAAGAGCACCAUGGAGAGCUUCAAGGCCGAGCGCGACAUGUUCCGGCGCAUCCUCCAGCAACGCGGUCACGGCGGAGACGAGGCCUCUAUGAUGAGAAGCUCUCUCGACAGCUCUCAACGCCCUCCACUCGCCAGCAUCGAGGGAGACCAGUCUGAGGCGCUCAAUGAAGCCCUGCGCAAGCUGCAAUCCGAGUACGACAGCUUCCGCGAUGCCCAGAACGACGUCCGCACAGACCUUCGCCGGCAGAUUGACCAUUUGUCGACGGAGAAAAACCAGCUACAGACCGAGAGGAUCAAGGCCGAGAAUGUGGAGCUUCAAAAGCGCAGCCAGGUCCUUUCGGAGACGGCAGCCAAACAGGACAUUCGCACGCAACAGGUUGCCGAGGAGCUCAUUGAAGCAAAGGGGUUGCUGGACAGCAUGAGGAACGAGACGGCCAACCUCAAGGCCGAGAAGAAGCUGUGGAAGGACAUUCAGGAUCGCAUGAGCAGGGACAACGAGGGCCUGAUUGAGGAGAAGAACCGCCUGAACCAGAUUCUGGCCACCCAUCAGAACCUGGAGAACGAACGCAGCGUUGCCGAGUCCGAGGCACGGCGGAAGGCCCAGGAAAAGAUUGACAAGCUGGAGCGCGAGUUGAGCGACGCUCAACGCAAGCUGUCUACCGAGGCCGACGAGAGCAGGAACCUGCAGCUGAGAAAGGAGUUUGAGGCUAAAGAGUCCCAGAGGCGGAUCGACGAGCUCAUGCAGAGCCUGAGCCAAAUCCGCGAGGAACACGUCAGUGUCAAGACGACAAAGGAUCACCUCCAGGCUCGCGUUGACGAGCUGACGGUCGAGCUGCGGAAUGCGGAAGAGCGGGUUGGUCGGCUGCAGCCGCGGCCCACUCCCCGACCUGCGUUGGCAUCGGACAACAACCAGCGCCAGCAGGAGCUCGAAUCUGAUAUCCAAGACCUGAACAACGAAGUCUCGGACCUGAAACGCGACCUCGACCUGGCCAAUACCAAGCUCGAAAACGCCAAGGCGCAAGUCGAGCAGUACAAGGAGCUGAGUCAGAGCAACGAGGAGGCCGUCGAGGACCUCCGCGCCUCGCAGGACCAGUACAGGGAGGAAAUGGAGUCGCUCGUGGCAGAGAAGGAGGCCAAGGUCAAGGAACUCGAACAGCGCGUCGGGGACAUGUCUGCGGAGCUGUCGCGGUCCAACAGUGAGCUAUCGGCGCUCCGGGACUCCCAGAACGAGGUGUCGCGCAGGCACGGUGACGAAAAAGCCAUUCUCCAGGAGGAGCUUGACCGUCUCAAGGAGGACAGCGCCAAGCACGUCGAGGCUGCCCGGUACCACCAGCAGGACCUGCGUGCCCAGGCCGAGAUUGCUUCCAAGGCUCAGCAGGAUUACGAGCAAGAACUCGUCAAGCAUGCCGAGGCAGCCAAACUUGCCCAGCAACUGCGCAGCGAGUACAACGAGCUCAAGAGUCAGACGGCGUCUCUCAGAGCCGAAGCUGAGUCUGCCAAGGUCGCCCUGUCGCAGAACGAGAGCUCCUGGGACGAGCGGCGGCAGCAGCUGGAGCACGAGAUGACCGAGGUGACGGCCCGACGAGAGGAUGUCAACGCCCAGAACAAGCUCCUUCAUCAGCAACUGGAGGCCUUGACCGCCCAGGUCGCAGCCCUGCAGCAGAAACGUGGGGGCGGCGAGGAUGACGAGGCCAUGUCUCCCGCGCACAUUGGCGACGCCCUCGACGGGCUGCGCGAACUCAACAGCUAUCUCCGCCGUGAAAAGGAGAUUCUCGAGGUCCAGUACGACCUCAAGUCGCAGGAGUCGAAGCGGUUGCAGCAGCAGGUGGAAUACAUCCAGUCUCAGCUUGACGAGGCUCGUUUGAAGCUCGACCAGGAACGUGCCCAGUCUGCUCAUGGUGGUCGCAAUGCAAUAACCCACCAGAACCUCAUGGAGAAGCUCAACGAACUUAACCUUUACCGAGAGAGCAGCGCCGCUCUGCGCAACGAAAACACGCAGUUGAAGGAUCAGCUUGCGGACAAGAACAAGAAGAUUGAGGUGUUGGAGGGCAAGAUCCAACCACUUGAGGCCGAGAUUGACAGCCUCAGCACGUCCAAGUCGUAUCUGGAAGAGGAGAUUAAGCAGAUUCAAGAAGACCGCGACCGCUGGCAGAAGCGUACCGAGGGCAUCCUCACCAAGUACGGGCGCGUCGACCCGGCCGAGAUGGAGUCGCUCAAGAUGACCAUUGAAGAAUUGCAAACGGAACGCAACGCUCUUAGAGAGGGCGAGGGCCCGCUGCGAGCCAAGGUCGCAGAGCUCGAGUCGACCAUCAACUCUGAACGCGAGGCCUGGCAGUCCACCCGCUCCAAGCUCACAGACCAAUUCAAGGAAAGGUCCAAGAGGCUCACGGGUGAGAAGAACGAGUAUAUCCAGCUGAGCAACCAGUUGCAGGAACAGCUGAACCAGGUCAACGUCGAGCUUGAGGGAGCGCAGAAGCGUGCGGAGGAGGUCGGGCUGGAGAAGACGGAGCUGGAGAAGGAGAUUGAAAGCUUCAGACAGCAAGUGCAGGAGCUUCGUCAACAGGCACAGCAAGAUCAGCAGGCCCAGCCAUUGCAGCAGGCUCAGGAGGCGCGGCAAGCGCAGGGAGCUCAGCUGGCACCGCAGUCCUCUGCAUCGACCGAAGUUGUGGCCCAGCUAGAGCGGCGGCUGGCGGAUGCGCAAAAGGAUCUGGAAGCCAUCAGCGCGCAGAAACUGGGUGCCGACCAGCAGCUGGAGACGUUGCGGACGGAGCUGCAAGCGACCAUCUCGGAGCGCGAUGAGGCAAGACAAAAGCUGCAGGACGCGACGAGCGGCCCACCUGGACUGUCGGACGAAGAGAGGAAAUCGCUGGAGGAAAAGGUCGCUGUCGCUGAAGCUCAGGUGGCCGAGCUAGAAGAAAGGGUGAACUCGGCUCAGCAGGCGGCCAAGGAGCGAUGCGACAAGAUGCGCGACUCGUUGAACAACAAGCUUAAAGAGAGCCGUGGAAAGUUCGACGAGGAGCUCAGGCAGAAGGACGAAGACCUCAGGCUCAGAAUCGAGCAGGAAAGGCUCAUCUGGCAGGCCGAGAACCAGGGCGCCAAGCCCGCCGCUCCAGAGCAGAUGCCAUCCACACCAGCCACGGACGGCCAAUCCCAGCCGUCACAGGCCACGCCCGCGCCGGGCGGCAGCGUUGCUGACUUGACGCAGCUCGACGACGCCAGCAUUCGGCAGUUCCUCGCUUCGAAUGCGACGGUCAAGAGCAUCAUUGCAGCCAAUCUUAAGAAGAGGCUCGAAGCCGAGAGCGCCAAGAUCAAGGGGGAUGUGGACACGAAGAUUGCGUCGGCGCGUGAUCAGGCCCAGUUGAUGGAAUCCAAAAAGUCGACUUUGCGCAUCAACAUGGCCGAGAACAAGCUCAAGGCGGCCAACACGAGACUCGGGGUUGUCGAAACGGCGGCUAAGGAGACGCCUGAGAAGCCAGUGGUUGAGGUGUGGGAGGUUGUCAAGAAGAUCCCCGGCCCCGGGGGGCCAGCCCCUCCGGCAACGCCAGUCAAGGCCGUGCCGGCGACGCCGGCUUCGGCCGGCAGCAGCCAACAGCCCGAUGCUGCUGCUCCCAAGCAAGCCACGGCGAAGCCUGCCGAACAAGCCGCGGAACCAGCCGCCCAGGAGUCGAAGCCAGCGGAGCCCCAGCAGCAGCAGCCCGCCAGCAGCAGCCUGCCCGCCAAGCCGACCAAUCCCUUUGCGCAGUCCGCCAAUGCCAACAAGAUGGAGCCUCAAAACCCUUUUGCGCUCAAGGCGGAACCGGCAGCGAAUGCUUCCCCGGGCAACCAAGUGCCACACCAAAAUCAGCAGCAAGGCCAAGGCGGUCCGAGGUCGUCGGGUAUUCCCAUGCCCCGCGGCGGUGGACGCGGACGAGGAGGCGCCUAUGUGCCCCCCGGCCAGCGAUCUGGUAGCGGAAAUCAAGACGGCGGCCCUGGCAACGCGGCCCAGGCCGGUCGGGGCAGAGGUCGGGGCGGCAUUAACCCUGGCGCGACAGAGUUUCAGCCCGGAACCAAGAGGCAAAGGGGCGAGUCGGAAGGAGGCCGAGGGGCAAAGAGAGUGCGAGGAGGCCACUAG